CUGUCGAGUGUGCCGUCGACGUUCCAGAGAGAAGCUCGCGAUGCUCGACAACACAGACGCGUGUGUCCGGUGUACGGACGUCUAGUGGCAGAGGAACAUGCGAUGUUCAGCGAAAAGUUGAAAAGGAGGGCCUGCAGUCUCCAAGCGCUAGCUGGUCCUCUCUUGGUUCUCCUCUCUUUCAUUUCGCUCGCGUGUGUCUCUCUCUUUUUCUGUUUUCAGCUGCGUUUUUAGGCAGCCAACCAGCUGGUCACUCCGGUCAUCGUCGGGUGUAUGUACACCGCGUAUGCUGUGCUGGUUUCCGCGCUCGUGCGUCGACCUCCUCCGUUCUUCUCGGAGUGGCGUUCUUCCGCAUGUGGAGCCGCGCGUUUUUCUUUUUCGUUCGUCGAUUUCUUCAAAACUCGUCUUUCUUCUUGGGGGGAACGGCCUUUUCUCCGCUCGUGUCUCGUCCGCUCGCACAAGACACCGCGACGAGAAAAGCCGCGCGGACCGAAGACAAGCUAUAACAAAGUGUUGCCCUUUCUGUCGUUUUUUCUUCUCUGAAUCGGCUGCGCCUCCAGUUGGAGUCAUGAGAAACCAGUUGUCUCUGUGUUGACGCGCCGGGAGCUGUUGAGUGUCGACUCCACCUUUUUCUUUUCUCCUCUUCUUCGACGCCUCGCCUCGUUCCUCUCGCCUUUGUUUCCUUCUGCCUCGCCCCCCCCUCUGUGCUGCUCCUUGCCACGGGUGACGUCCGGAGCGCGCCGCCAUGGGACGUUGAGCUCCGAAUCUCACGCAGAGGGGUGGGAGGGAGAAGGCUUCUCUCUUCUGUCCCCUUCUUCUCUUUCUUCCUGUCUUCGUUUCCUCUGCUGCCCCUGUUCCUCUUCUUCGCCUUUUCUCCUCUUCGUUGCCUUUCCUCUUCUUGUUCGGCUCUGUCUUUGCGUCCUUCGCCUGUUCGCCGUCUUCCACGUCCGGCCUUCUUCCCGUCCUUCGUGACUCCUGCCUCCCUUCCCUUUGGACUUUUCUCCUCUCUCUCGACUCCGCGUUUUCGUUCUCUUCUCGUCCCCGACAAUGGCGUCACCUUCGUCUCCUCCCUCAUCUCCUUCCCGCCCUCCCUCCUGCUCGUCUCUCCCCUCCUCGGGGUGUCUUCUCCCACCGCCGCUGCCCGUGGCUGCCGCCCCGCCUUCGUCCACGUCUCUCCGCGUGUGGCUUCGGCGAACGUUUUCUCCGGUGGUUCUCGUGGGCGGGACCGCGAGGGCGAAGCGCGAGGUCGCGGCCUUGACGGGUCUCUCUCUCGCCUCGCUCUUCCAGCCGUUCAACGGCGAGGCUGCCGCCGUGCGAAAAGUCGCCGCGGCCCUCCGCACGGCUGCCGGAGGCUCUGCAUGCAGUCCCGCGCCUGGCGUUCCCGUCGCCGAGAGGGCCUUCUUUCCGGAUGCGCAGCCGGCGGAGCAGGACGACGAAUUCAUUCGCAGAGAGGGCUACCACCCUGUCCAUGUGCACCAGCUCGGACUUGUCGGGACGCAGACAGCCGGAACAGCCGGAGUUUCUGGAGACCGGUCUGGCGCCUCGCUGGUCUACGAAGGACCCGACGUUCCUCCGCUCAAUCUGCUGUUGAAUGUCUCGUCGCCGCUCCUCGGCUCCAGUGUUUCCGCGUCCGCACAGGCGAGCCCCAGCGCGCUCACGGGCUCCUCGGGCUCCACCAGGGCCUCCGGCGGGGCCCGCGGGCGCGACGCGGGCCCUGGGAGGGCUUUGCCCUCGUCCGUGGCCUCGACGGUCGCCUCCGCCUCCUCGGUCUCUUCGCUGGCCUCUUCGCUCGCGCUGCCUUUCGCCGCGGCGCCAGCUGGCUCAGAACGCACUGCCGGAGGCCCGGCGGGUGCGACGGCGCUCGCGGGACCGAGGCGCAGUGUCUCUCCGGUUUUCACUGUUCGCUUCCUCGACCUCGACGAGGCGGAGGCGCCCUCCGACUUCGCGGCUGACUCGCUCUCGACGCGCGUCCUCUCUCAGCGACCGCCGGGCCUUGCGGAGCUCAGCACCUUCGCAGCGGUCGCGCCGGCGCUCGCGGGCUCUGGGGUGGGCAGCCCCCGCCACGCGCUGACUGCCGUCGCAGGGGCGCGGGCGAGUGCAGUGCAGGCCUCGGCGGCCUCGCCGUUCAUCUCAGACGUCGAGGCCGCAGGGCGCGGGGCGCGGCCCCGUCUGGAGAAGGUCGGCCGCACCCAGGGGCCGCUCGGCGCAGACGCGUCUGCUCAGCCGUGUGGAAUGCCGAUUGCCAGCACCACGGGGAUGCGCGGCGUCGACUUGCCUUGGUACAACGACUGGGAGGGCGUCGUCUUUGACGGUCUUCGCUUCUCCGAACAUGAGACCCUCUGGCAGCCUGUCGGCCUGAUUCUCGUCGCCAGCAGCCGCGACGAAGAUCCCGUGGCUCAGUUCGAGGAACUUCUCCAACCGCAAAACCUCCCGUCGCUCUGCGGGAAGUACGUCCUCGACCCAAACCCUGUCCGCGCCCUCGUUCUCCUCGAUAUCCACGAGGACGCCUUCCACGCCAAGGCCGAUCUCAGCACUGCAGUCAAACACGCAAAACGCGCUUCGGUCUCGGCGAGCGCUCCUCGCUCUUCUCUCUUUGCCCUUUCCUCGCCGUCGGGCGCUCCUCUGCAGCGGCCCGCGGCGCCGCGAGACCCCCCCGAAGGGGAAGAGGAACGCGCGGGGGGAGAGAGUGCAGCGCCCGAAGCGCGCGAAGAAGGACGAAACGAAAGACUCCUCGAGCAACUCUGCGCUGCCUUCCCUCCGGCCAACUGCCACCUUCUCACCAUCGGCAGAAAAACAAAUGUUCAGAGUCACUGGCAGCUGCUGCCUUCGAUCCGCUACCUAUACGCGCAGCACCUUCCCGUCAAUUUCUCUUCCUCUCUAUCCGCGAAUUUGCUUCCUACCUUCCUCUCUCCCGCCACCGGCCACAGCCCGCCGCCGGCUCUGUCCUCGACCCUCCCUUCUUUCCUCCCUUUUCCCUCUUCUCCGUCUUCUUCCUCUUCUUCCUCUUCUUCCUCUUCUUCCUCUUCUUUCUCUUCUUCCUCUUCUUUCUCUUCUUCCUCUUCUUCCUCUUCCUCUGAUCUCCCUUGCUCUUCGUCUGCAGAACCGUCUGCCGCGUCGUAUGACGUUAGUGAGAUCGAGGCUCUGAUCGCGUCGGAUGCGCCCCUGCCGGUCGCUUCACGCCUGGCUUGUUGCUCCCUGGGGGCAUCUCCUCCUGGCGGUUCUUCCGCGGCUGUUUGUCCACCGUCUUCUUCGGCGGUCGGAGCUCACGCCGCCGACUGCGGCAUGCCGACUCCAGCUGCCCAGGCUGCGGCGUACGUCCGCUGCAGUACGCUGUGCUGUCUAGACACCUCGUUCUGCGUAGGGUUGUCUUGGAGUGAUUUGCACUCGCUCUCGGCCUUCAUCCAGCACUUGGUGAACACGGGCAUUCUCCCGUGGAUGGAGCGCAAGGCGCGACAGCUGGACGGAUCGAUUGCGACGAAUCGGAAAGGCUUCCGAAAUCAACUGCGGUACCUCUGGCGGAAACCACGCGGGAUGACCGCGGCGUCGCAGAACUCUGUGCUCUCCAGUGGAGGCGCGGGCGCCGGCGGAGCCCCGAGCGAAGGCUCGGCUUCCAGUUCCUUCUCCCCCUUCGCCUCCGCCUUCCCGUCCUCAGCGACCUCCGUCGUCGCGAAUGUUGCUGAACAAGCCGGAGGCGCUGCAGAGGCGCUUCUCUCCGCCGUCGGAGGAGCUUUCCUCGGAGAGACCGCCUCGAGUUUUUCGCAGAGUGGAAGCUCGAGCAAGGCCGCGCCGUCGCGAUCGGAGGCGCCUGGAAGCCCGCGGAGAAACGGCCUGUCGACGCAGGCAUUCGUUCAGUCUGCGUACCAGCUGCAUGCCAUUGAGUGGCAAUACCGGCUGCUGGGAGAUCUGCAACUCUUCUUCGGACUCCACGAGGCUGCGCUGCAGAGCUUCAGAAGUUGCGCCGCAGACUUCAAGCAGGACAAGCGGUGGAAGCAGUUGGGCGGCGCGUGCGAAAUGAGCGCGAUCUGUCUGCAUCUCUCGGGAGCCCCGCGCAGGGAAGUCGAGGCCUGCAUUGAACAAGCGUACAACGCUUAUGUGAAGGCCUCUGCGGGUCGUCUGGCGCUGCGCUGCGUCUUGCUGGGGACGCGCUUGACGAUGGAUCUCUUGACCGCCGUCCCCCUCCCCUUUUCGCCUCCCUUCUCGCCGUUCCUGGCUCUGCAACAGAGCUCGUCGCCCUCGCUUCUCUCGACCGCAGAGGCGGCCGUCGAAGCCGCUCGGCGGCUGCUGGCCGCGAACGCGGAACUCCCGGCUCUGGAUCCUCGCGCGAAGCUUCCGACGUCUCUCUUGCGGAGGUCUGAGGGAAGCGCCAAGGCGGCCGCCAGGCCAGACGGGUCGGCGGGCGACUCUCGAGAUCUCAGAGAAGUCAAAGAGACGCGCGACGCGAGGGAGUCGAAGGAGGCACGAGAGGGCAGAGACGAAGAAACGAAGGAGCUGGAGAGUGCAGUCGCUGCGUCGUUUGCGCAGAGUCAAGCUGUGAGAAGUGCGAUGCUUUUGGAGCAGGCGGCACUCUGCUUCGAACAAGCAGGAAUUCUGCACAGAAGAAAAAGGAACUUUCAACUCGUCAUGGCUGGACACACCUACUACAAAGCUGGAUUCAAGCGCCUGGCGCUCCGCUGCUACACCUCCGUCGUCAGUCACUACGAAUGGUCCGGCUGGCAGCAUGUGUCUCAACAUCUGCGCUUCAUCAUGGCUCGGCAAACGUUUUCUCUCCAUCUGCUCUUCGACGCCGCGUUCAACUUCGCUGCUCUCUUGAACGCUGUCUCCUCUGUCCAGCAAAUCCGAAAAAUGGUGUCUGAGGAGACACCUGUCUCUUCCUUCGCCUCGCUCUGCGCCGCCCUUGGCCCCGUCCUCCUUCCUGCGGCGUCCGACGAAUCGCUCACUGCGCGAGAAGACGAACGAAGUGGAGACUCCACGCUGCCUCUCUCGCCAACCUACGGCCUUCCUGUGACGCCGGCCAGUCGCGAAUCGCACUAUAUUCGGGAAUUCCUCUUCGUUUGUCGGGUCAUGUUGGAGCGGCAGCGCCAACAGGUGGAGCAGAGCCGUCGGCCGCCCGGUUCGCGAGCGCCUUCGUCUCCCUCGAGUUCGUGCUCUCGCUCGGAGAAAACUCGCGACGGUGCUGAUGGAGACCGCGGCAGCACAACCACCGGGAGGCAAGACGCGUCGCUUUCCAAGAAGGCCUCUGGGGCUUCUGCGGAGCUCCGGGCUCUCUCGGCUGCCGCCGGUUCUCUUCGAGUACUUCAGACUAGGUUGGGGAAAGAGGGAGCAGAUGCAGCGUCUCCACUCGCUUCCCUCACUCUUCCGGUCGACCUGCGGGUCCCCUACGUGGAAUGCAGGAAUCGACAAGGCAUCUUCAGAGAUGGCAUUUGCGUGCGUCUCCCUGGCGACGUCCCUCUCCCUUUGGAACGGCAGCUUCCGCUCCCUGAACCUUCGUCCGGCACCAGCACUUCCGAUCUGCUCUCUUCAGACCCGCUCGCUUCCUUCUCGUCUUCAUCCGUUUCUGCUUCUUCCUUUUCUUCUUCAUCCGUUUCUGCUUCUUCCUUUUCUUCUUCCGUAGCAGCGUUUUGUGAACUGGGAGAGAUGUUGGAAGCCGCGGAGGGACUCCCGCGUCGAGGCGCGUUGGAACGAGAGGCGCGUACCGAGCUUCAGCGCCAGGAGGCUCUGAACGACGGCGUUCUCGCCCUCCGCUGGCAUCAGUGGAGACACGCGGUGUUGUCCGGUUCAGGGGAAAGAGACAGGCGCGCUUGCAUGCGCGCGCUCGAAGACAACGAGACAGGAAGCGUCCCUUCGUGUGACGCCAAUGAGGCGCCGCUCAAGGUUCAGGCUUCGCCGCUCGCUCUUCCUCAGCAGGGGGAAGGACAGGAGCAGAGACUGUCUGAAGAAGAUGAGGAGGCGCGACUCGACGAAGAAGACCCUUGGCUUCGCCAUGCGGUGGUGACCUCGCCAUGUCCAGUCUCGCUUCCGUCUGCUGCUUCUUCGGCGUCGCUCACUGCCUCGCGGCGUCGAGCGCCCGUGGGCCAGCAGAUCGCCGUCGUUCUUCGUCUCGUGAAUCCUCUCCAGCUCCGGCUCGUAUGCCACCAGCUGCGUCUGUACGGAACAGUUCUUCCUGUUUCUUCCCGCGAACCAAGGGAGGAAGCAGAGAGCCGAUGUUCUCCGGCCGAAGGCAGAACAGCAGCGGCGCGGUCAGUCGAGUUUCCAAGCAUUUCGACGGUUUCUCUGGAGCCUCGACAGUCAGUGCUGCUUACCCUGUUCGCCAUCCCUCGCGCACCCGGAAGGCUAGUCAUCAAAGGACUUUCUCUGGAACUCUUUGGCUUCAUCCGCCUCCUGCAGCCCUUCUGUCUCCACGGGGGCCUGCGCCCAGAGGCGCGCUUCAACCUCCGGCACUCGCACCUGCCCUCGGACGAGCUCUCACAUUCAUCUCCCGAUGUGCUACACUCCUCCGAUGGGGACUCGCAAGCGAAACUCUUCGGUGAAGGCGGAAGCUCGGGGGCCGCUGCCGCCUCCCGCUGCGCUUCUCAAAGGGAUGGACGGCGCUCCAGCUUCCAGUGUUUAGGCAGCUGGCUACAGUUCGGAGGGGCGCCGAGUGACUUGUUCGACGCAGACGGGAAUCCCCGUCCAGAUGUUCCGAUCGACUUUCUCCUGCAAGCUGAGAACUAUAAGCUCCUCCCCACAGGAGUCCCCGGACAAGUUUUGCGUUGGAAGUUUCGAAAUCGAGCACUGGAAAUCCACGAGCCGGACUACCGACUGGAAGUCGAGGUGGACGAACUUCUCCCUGUCCUCUCCACGGUCUUUGUCGGAUGGCCGUCAAGCCCCAUUCGGCUCCUCGGUGAGACGACGGAAGAGGAGACUGUCUCUUUCGCUUCUGGCGAGUCUCUCGAUCCCGUUCCUUCUCUCUUGGCCUCCCACCGCCUCCCAGUCGUGGCCUCCGCAGAUCCCCACUCGCCUCACAGCAGGCCUGAAGUGUCUCCGGCGUCCCUGAAUGGAGGACCUCUGUCUCCGGAGACGAUUGGGCCUUCCUCGCCGACGCCUCUUCUGUCUCCCCUCGUUUCUGGGCGGCGUCAGCUGUACAUGGGCGAGGAGGCGCGGGCGUAUCUCCUUCUUUCCAGCCCCGCUCCGACGCAGGCCCUCGAGUCUCUGUCUCUCGCUGUCUCCUCCUGCGAAUUAGCCAGAGUCGUGGAGGCCGCGCUCAUCUUCCCGCUGGCAUCGUCCGGCCCGGUGUCCUCCGUCGCUGCCUCCAGAGGCGGCCUGCGUGCGACGGAGACACGUGGAGACAGUGUGGGGUGUGAGGGCCCUUCCGGCUCGGGCGCGCCCCAGUCGCCCUACGGCUUCGAGAGACUCGAGGUGCUCGAAAGACCCGUCGCAGGGAAGCGGGAGAAGAAGUCGAGAGCAACAGCCGGUGGUCGAGAAGAAGAGAAACAGCAGAAGAUCCAAAUCCUUCGCUUGGCGCGCAAGCGACGUUCGACUUUCGAUGUCCCUGCGUCUCAUGGCCACCACGUCGGCGGCCGCGAAGCCAGUCCAGAGGAAAAACAGCUUUCCUUUUCGAGGACCGCGAGUUGUCUGAUGCCUGCAGGGAGUGCUAUUCAACUCUCUCUCGCCCUACGAGGGACUGUGCCCGGCAUUCAUCGCGUGCGUUUUUGUCUCAAGGGUGUGGGGUGCCCCGCCUCCGAGGAGACAGCUGGAGAGGCGACGGAGACAGGGGACAGAGGCGACGUCAAGUCCAUCGAUCUCCGCGGCAGUGACGGUGCAUGCAGCAGUCGAAGAACUCUGUGGAGGGCCAUCGAAAAAGUUCUUGCUGUCACACACUCCCUCAGACUCACCGUGCAGCCUCGUUUGUCUUGGCGCCAUCCUGGCCAGCACCUGCUUCAGUGUCGCGUCCGUAACCUCACGGCGCAGACGUUCUGUGUCGAGGAGCUGGCCGCGCUGCUUCCUGCUUCCCUCGGUUCUUCUCUCGCCGCCGCCUCGCGUCUGGCUCGUGUGCCUGUGGUCCUCGUCCCCCUCUCGAGUUGCGGCGCCGCUUCUCUCCCGAUCAUUCGUCCGUACGAAACUCUGGAGCUUCUCUGCUUGCCGCGCUCGCGAGGCGGGGGAAGCCCAACCGAGGGCAGCGACCUCCUCGAGGCCGCUGCAUGUGCCAGCGAUGCCGUUCAUGUUCGUCUGCGGUGGCGACUUCUCUCCGCCUCCCGGAACUGCACGUCUGCAUGCGCCCGCGCGCUGUCUCCUGCGGGUGCGCCGGCGGGGCUCCAGGUGUCUGUAGAGCCUGCGCCUUUCUUUCCAGACGGCGAACGCGAAGGGGAGAGUCCCGCGCGUUUCCGCCGUGUAUGUGGCGUACGUUCCGCGAGUCCUGAACGUCUCGAGAAGAGCGGCGACGGAGCGCAGACGAGCAGCAAAGCGAGCAUAGGGAAGGAGACCCUCCCAGAACUCUCGAACGUCGACACAGGAGCUUCCGGAUAUCUUCUGUCGGAGAGACCGGUUUCCUUGGCCCCGCGUAUCUGCUCUCUGCCGCUGCGCCUGACCGUCGACGUGGAUUCGCAUGCUGGCACGAGAACCUCAGCGGACUCUCCCGUCACGCGGCCUGUCUCCUCCAAACAUGCCGCCGGGCUGGUGCCGAUUCGUUUCUGUCUCACGAACGUAUCUUCGUCACUUCUUCUGGGAGUUGAAUUGUUCGCCGACGUCUCCGCCGCGGGGCGCGCUGCGCCGCUUCGCCUGUCUCCGGGUGAUGUCUCCGUGUCGCCUGCGUUGCUCCUCUCGCCUCUGGAAGAAGAGGAAGAGCGCCAGGCCGCCUGCUUCUGCGCCACCUUCUUCUGCGAAGGCGGGGGACCGGAAGGUGCGCCUGCAGACCUUUCGAGGAAGGUUUGUCGCGGGAGUUCACGGUCUUGGAAUCUCGAGAACGGCGCUCACAAGCUACGGGGGGGGGUUCCCAGUGAAACAGAUCAUCUCAAUGUGCUUUCUGCCGGCCUCGAUACGCAGACUCGAGAAGCAGGAAACAUCUCUGAGAUGUCUCUCUCUUUCAAUUCGGGGGCUCCUCGUCGCCCCAGUGAAAGGUCACCUCCCAGCGUUUCUGCAGGACUCUCUCCAGCGGGUUUCCAGCAGAGCGAAGAGACGCCGAGGGUGAGUCUCCCGCGCGCUCCUUCCGAUCCGUCAGGAGGCGCGAGCCUUGAUGACUCAGCGCCGCCUUCCAACAGCAAAUCAGCAGCUUCGACUUUCUUUGCGCCCUCUGCUCUCGCCGCUCGAAGGCGCGAGAUGCUGGGCGGCGCCGCCCGUCUCUUGGCCCCAGGCCUCGCACUCGUGAAAGAGCGAGAACGGUGUUUUUCUUCUCUCUCUGCCUCUCUCCAAGAAAAAGUCGACCGCAACUGUGGAGUUGACAAGUUGCCCAGAGAACGUCUCCCUCCCCUUCUCUCGAGUUCGCGUCGGGCCUCUUCGCUGACGUAUCUCGAGACGCUUUUCUCUCUCCCGCAGGCGGGGAGUGAAUCGACGCGCCUCCCCGACACAUACCCCGACGCAGGAUACACUGGCGCUGGGCGCGUCUGGGCUCCUUUCAGAACGCACCGUUCUCUCCGGCAGCGCGUCCUCGCGAGUCUCCUGCGACGCGCUCUGAUCGCAAAUCCCCAGUCUUGUCCCUUGCCGGUCGUCGACUCCACGGGACUCGUUGAAGCCGGACCUCUCUCGCUCGCGCCUUCGCUGUCUCGAGAAGAAGCGGAGACGCCUGAAGACGCCUUCGCGCUCCCUGGCCACUCAACAGGCUUGUCCGAUUUUGCGACUCUCUCGCAAGAACGAAGACGCUCCGGAAACGCAGCGCGGCUUCCACCGGUGCAUGCGCCUCGAGGCGCCGGGCCUUCAGGCCUCGAGGGGGGCCCGCCGCCCUCAGCGGUCGCGGGCCUCUUGGGGGCGCAGGUCGGGACUGGGUUUGUGAAGGCGAGCGCGGAGGCUCCACCUAUCUCAACUAGCCAGAGCGCAGCUAGCCAGAGCGCCGCGGGGGCAGCGUUGUCUGGGGGGCUCGGGUCCUUCCUUGGGGCACACACGCAAGUCUUUCACCGCGGCAGCGUCAGCAGCGCGGCGUUGGGGGCGGGGCGCGUCGGCGAAGAAGAGGGUGUGAGAGCGCUUUUGGCCGAGGAGACACUGUCGGAUUUCCUGACUGACGUCUCCUCGGCCUUGAGUGCAGGAGUGAUUGUCGGGAGAACCCCCGUCACCGACGCGCUCGCGUAUCCAGGAACAGAUGUAAAAGACGUCGACUUACCAGCUUCUCUCAGAGCCGCGGACGCUCGAUUCGUGGCUUUCCCGGAAGCAGGGACGCUCACAGACGAAGCUGCCGCCUCGCCGCAGUUACCCGUCAUCGAUUUAACAGAUGUCUCCGCCUCUUCCGAACUCUCUUCUGGGGCUGGAGAGACCCUUCCGCGAGUCGCGCCUCGUGGCAAGUUGCCGCAGAGCGAAGGCACAAGAAGCGAGCGUCUUUCUGCCCAUUUAGGCGGCGUCUCGGGCGCCUCCGACCGUGACGGACGAACUGCGCCUCAAGGAGAUGCAGCCCUCGAAGACGCGGAUCUGGCGAACGGCGUAAAUGUCGCUACGUCUCGCUCUUCUCCUGCGGCAGAUGUCUCCCCGGAAAUGCAGGCAACCCAACGAAGAUCCGUCACUGCACCGGAAUGCUUCAAUGGCUUCUACUGGGUCGGGAAGCGCACUCAGCGGUUGGGGGUCGUGCGCCCCGGGGAGAAAGUCGAGGGCACUCUCCUCGCCUUCUUCCCGUCUGCAGGAGUCUUCAAUGUCAACAAGGUUCGCUUCAGAAUCUCCCUGCUCGGCCAGGUGCAGAAGAGACAGGGGGCCCAAGCGCCCCGCGAGUGGUGCAGGGGAGGCGCGGCGAACGAUCCGCAUUCGGAGGCAGCGAGAACUCCGUAUGUCGAGGUAGACACGCGAGCCGGAGAACCGCGAGAAAGCGACAGGAACGCGAGCGGGGUGGAAGGAGAAAGCGUCGCGCCUGGAGAGCUUCAAGUCGAGACCCGACUUAGAGGCGCGCCGCAGCUUCUUGACGAGGAACGCCUCGAAACGGAGGAGAUGCAGUGGGAGCGCGAAUUGGUAGAGUCUUUCGCAGGUCAGAAGGCUGUCAUAGGCUUUCCCUUCGAGUGUCUCGUCCACAUUCAAGAAAGGACUGCAGGGUGAAUUCGAGACAAGUUGAAAAGAGAGGGGACAGGGGGCUGAAACCUGGCAGAAAACGAGAAUGCGAGGCUCCCAUCGCCACCAACGAGUUGCGUGUCAAACCAGUUUUCUGGUCAGCGUGCGAGGAAGGCUACAAGCCGAGCAAAGCAGAUGGUGGAAGCGGGUGCUUCUCAGAAGUAAUGAGGGGGAGGGGGGCAGGAAAGUGAAAGGGCAAGAAGGAGACUCGGGAAAACUUGAUGAUGAUAACGCGAAAGAGGGGGAACGAAGGCCUCCAGGCGGGAGAAAGGCACAUGCCCAGAAACAGAACAAGUUCUCAACCGCUUAGACUCGCCAGCGUUUCUCGGAGGGGUCUGAGAAGAACGGGAGCGCGGAGAACAGCGGAAAUGGAGGUGGCUUCCGAUCCUGGAAAGAGGGACAUGGAACGUUGAGGUAAGAGGACGAACGUGAUGUUGCUCCUCGUUCGAAGAAAAUGCCUCAAAGGAAGCGGAAGAAGAGGGGACAGCAAGUGAGGAGGGCGCCUCAAAACAAGCAAAGGAAAAGACGAGAAAAAACAGGUUUUCGGCGGUAUAUGUUUCCCCACAAAGAGAAACGCCAGUGUAUGAGACACGCCCACUCGACCCCUAAUCCUGUCGCCG